AUGCUUAUAAAGAGCGCAAGCAUUUUCAAGCUCCUAAGACCUAUUGGCUUACGACAUGCAGUAACUCUGGUCAAAAAAUAUCCGCUCAAAAGUCCUUCAAUUUAUUUGGCAGAAGGUAUUUUGCCUAAAUUGACACCAGACGACAUGGUUUAUGUCGAGGUUUAUUCAAAAACUAAUGAAUCACCGUGUAUAGAUGUUUUGCUAACGGAUGAAGUACCUGGACUCGGAUCUAUCGGAACUAUAGCUUCUGUACAUCGUAAUAGAUUUUGGAGAUACUUGUAUAUCAAAGGGCUUGCUGAACUACCAACAGAAGAAAGGAUCAAUGAAAUGAAGUUAAAACAAAAAGACAAACCAACUGUUCUGUGUGGUGACUCUUAUGUACUUCAACAACGCCUAUCUAAUAUGAUUCUUUACAUACCUAUGAAUCCAACUCGGGAAUGGACUCUCAAUAAAACGCAUGUUAAAGUUGCUUUAAGACGAUAUGGUUUCGCAAUAAAAGAAUGUUAUAUUACACUGCCGAAAGAAGAAAUAACUUCGAAAAAUCCUACAUCUCCAUUUAAAAUUAGCGUUAAUAUUGAUAAUAUUGUCAAUGUCGAUGUCCCAUGUUCAAUAUUUCUUUAUCAAAAACUGGAUAAAAAGAAAAUUAAUUGUACUCGUCGGUUCUUCUCGUCUAUCAGACGUCAAGCGUAUGAACCGAUUAAAAUUGAACAACUUGAUAGCUUGGAUGCAAGGUUUUCUUUGUCUAAUUUAAAUACAAAUAGUAAAACUGCAUUAGCUCAUUUUGAUCAUUAUUAUAUGCAAGCUUAUGGACCAGUGGCUUGGCGUUCAAUGCGUAUCGCUUUAUUAAUGCCAUCUAAGAAAGCUAUUCUAUGCAAUCGUUAUUUUCCCAAUGUUUCUGCAACAAUUUCAUCAUCAUAUAAUGAUAACAACAGAUCAUUUUCACCAAAAAUAAACUUUAUGCAAACGUUAAUCAAACAUCAAAACACUAUGUCAAAUAAUACAUUCACUGACGAUGAAGAUUCAAUUAGUACUGAUGAGUUUAUCAAUGUAACCAAAUUGGAUUCACAUCGUAGACAAUAUCUUACACGUUAUAAUCAAUUGGAUGAAACUACGAAUACAGCUAAUCUAAAUGAAUUUAUACCAUCAACUGAAUUGAUUAGUGAAAAUGAAAUUUUCACAAGAGAAUGUGAUUCAGAUUUUACAUUUUAUUCUAAAAAUUAUUAUGAUAUGAUUAAUGAAAGUAACAACAAUAAUCUAUCUAAUGAACAAUCAUUGAAAGUGUUAACUGAGAAAUUUGAUAUACCCAAGAAAUUAUGCAUUAAAUGUUCACCUCCUGGUCGAUUAGUUUCAAUACCAGAUCCAUUAUAUGUCAAUGGACAGUUUAAUUUUCAUGCAGUAGAUUUAGGCUCUGUUAUAACUAUUCUAGCAUUGAAUUUACAAAAGAAUGAUAAUAUGAUCAAUUUGUCUACGUUUUCUGGCACUAAAUCGGUUAUCGCGCUACAAACCGGCUUAUUAAAUCGUUUAUUAUGUGUACUACGUUCUUCAUCACGUGCUACGCAUGUUCAACAAAUGAUUGACACUUUUAAAUCAACUGGAGGAAUUAAUUCCAACAACUAUGGUGAACAAGAAGACAUUGACACUAAAAUCGAUAUUGUUUGUUCAAACGACCAUGGUCUGGCUAGUUAUUCUUCCUCUAUGACUGUUGAUAAAGAUUAUCAAUUCAAUAAAAUCCUAGUCAAUGUGCCUUGUUCAGCUGAUCGUUAUGCAAUCACUUCGGGUGAUACUCAUGUGUUCGAACCGGGACUUGCUCGUCUACGUAUUAAUCUACCGAGAAAUCAAUUGAAUCUUCUUCGUCAAGCAAUGAAACUCUGUCAACCUGGUGGUUACAUUGUCUACUCCACGUCCACAUUAUCACCAGCUCAAAAUCAAGAAGUGAUUCAAUCAUUUCUAUUGAAUCAUCAAUCAGGAGAUAUUAAAUUCGCUUUGAUCAAUUUAAAACCGUAUUAUGAUUUACUGACGGCUUGUUAUACGAAAUUAGGCAUAAAAAUUAUCCCCAUUCAAUUGCCUUUAUUUAACAAUAAUGAUAUUAAUAAUAAUAACGAUAGUGACAAUGAUAACAUGAAUAAGCAUCAGAAACGUGAUAAACAUUUGUUUCUGAACAACAACAACAACACAUGUCAUGGCUUAUUAAUUAUCCCAUCGAUAUCGUGUAAUUAUGGACCAACUUUUAUUGCGAAAUUUAAACGUCUCAGUUGA